AUGGAAGAUUUAGCGACAGAAAAGUCAUGUAAGGGAGUAAAUGGACAGUCCCAAAAAGACAAAUCACCUCCCGCUGCGGCUGCGGCUGCGGCUGCUCCCAGGGUUGACUCAUGCUGCGGCUCCUGCCUGAGAAGGAUCAAGCUCUGGAUACCUGUGGACUACAAGAAUGAGACUGUUCACAUUUUAAAACUGGCAGGACCUGUGUUUAUUUCCCAGUUGAUGAGCUUCCUGAUCGGCUUCGUCAGCAUGGUGUUCUGUGGUCACCUGGGGAAGACGGAGCUGGCCGGCGUGGCUUUGGCGAUAGCGGUGAUAAAUGUCACGGGUAUUUCCAUUGGCUGUGGUUUGGCGUCAACAUGCGAUACACUCAUAUCUCAGACCUACGGGAGUGGUAACCUGAAGCGUGUAGGGGUGAUUGUCCAGCAGGGAGUGUUGAUUCUGCUCUUGGCCUGUUUCCCCUGCUGGGCCGUGCUCAUUAACACUCAGCCCAUUUUGCUGGCUGUCAGGCAGAGCGCAGAAGUCGCCAGACUCUCACAGCUGUAUGUGAAGAUCUUCAUGCCGGCUCUGCCAGCUGCCUUCAUGUACCAGCUGCAGGGGAGGUAUCUUCAGAAUCAGGGCAUCAUGUGGCCACAGGUGAUAUGUGGAGCCGUGGGCAAUGUUUUAAAUGUAAUAAUCAACUACGUCUUCCUCAAUCUUCUAGACCUGGGGGUCCUUGGAUCAGCAGCUGCCAAUGCCAUCUCUCAGUAUUCCCUGGCUGUGUUCUUGUUUGUGUAUAUCUGCGCCAGAGGCCUCCACAAAACUACAUGGGACGGUUGGUCUCUAGACUGUCUGCAGGAGUGGGGGUCUUUCCUCCGCCUGGCCAUUCCCAGCAUGCUGAUGCAGUGUCUGGAGUGGUGGCUCUAUGAGAUUGCAGGGUUCCUGGCAGGCAUCAUCAGUGAGGAUGAGUUAGGGGCUCAGUCUAUAGUUUAUGAAGUGGCUGUCAUCGCUUACAUGUUCCCACUGGGUUUCUCUGUUGCUGCCAGUGUUCGGGUCGGAAAUGCUCUCGGUUCUGGGAACACAGAACAAGCCAAACUGUCCAGCAAGGUCUCCGUCAUCUGUGCAUGCAUCGCCUCAUGUUUCAUUGGAGCCUGUGCUGCUGCGUCCAAGGAUGUGAUCGGUUACAUUUUCACCACAGAGGAAGACAUUAUUCAAAGGGUGGCUGAUGUCAUGCUGAUGUAUAGUUUCAUCCAUGUUGCUGAGGCCUUUUCGUGUGUGACAGGAGGUAUUGUCAGGGGAGCAGGGAAGCAAAAGAUCGGUGCUCUGUGUAACCUGGUCGGUUUCUACUUCAUUGGGUUCCCUAUCGGAGUGUCUUUAAUGUUCCCUGUCAAAAUGGGGAUAGUAGGGUUGUGGUCAGGGUUUUUAAUCUGUGUCGUGAUACAGUCCCUAUUCUUUCUAGUAUUCCUGUGCAAACUAAACUGGAAGAAAGCCACUGAGGAGGCGCUGGUAAGAGCAGGAGUCCACAUUACAGAGCGGAACCAGAACUUUGGGAUAGAAAAUAACGCCCAGGAGUGUGGUGAGAAACAGACCCACAUAGAGACGUGUGGAUCCAGUUGUCUGAGUCCAGGAGAGGGGAGGCUGGAGGCGCUCGAUGCAGGUCAGCAAACCUCACAUGACAACGGGGCUCUAUCUGUCAGGCAGCUGGUGGUGCGACGUGGGCUCACCGUACUGCUCAUGUUCAUCAUCCUCGCUGCUGGAGUCUGCAUCAGUGAGAUGCUCGUCAGACUGCUCCAAUUAGACGAGUGA